GGGUGCGUGUGCGGUCAACGUCACCUGCCCCGGCACGCUCAUGUCGGCCACAUUGCCAUCUCAGCUGUGUAAGCUUGUGAUGCCGAAGGGCGCCGAUAGACGUGCCGAAGUGCUUGAGGGCGAUGGUGGAAGAUCAUGUGUGGUGGUGCUGCGGGAAAUAGACAUGGAGGCGCUGCCCCAUUGAGUGGCUGAGGCCGGAUCCACUAUCCCCAACACGGUAUGGAGGCACGACCCCUGUGCAAACGGUCACUGGCAAACUCUCCGUUUCGCUGGCCUUGUAGAUGCAAGCACGACAUCUUCGACCGCAUCUUUCCCCCGCCUCAAUUCAUCCUGACUUACGAUUGUAGCGGUGUGUCGAGCACGCUAUGGCGCGAUGAGAGAAGGCCAUGCAUACGGAGUGACUGCUGCUGGAGGCAAUCGAAGACCCACGACGCUGUUCCCACGACGCGAGCAAUGACCAGCCUGAGGCGCAACAGCAAGCGCACGGGCUGUUGGUUCUUCUUCUCCCAGCGAACCACGGCUGGAUUCCGUCGACAUAUGUGGCUCAAACAUGCUGCUGACACUCACGGUCAAGGGAUCACCAAGGCUCAUGCCGCGCUGCAUGUCCUACGCUUCAUCCCUGUCCAGCUGGAUAGAUUAGAUGAGCGGUGAUAUCCGCGUAAGGCCUCCCAUCAGUACACAGAUUUGAUCCUCUUGCCACAUUGGACGCUACGAAAGCUUACCUCAUCCUUACUCAGCCUGCCAGCAUAGAACGGCGGCGAUACUGAAAGGCUCGCUCUAAGCAGCCGAGGCUUGCUAUAGAGAAAGUGCGUCCCAUUGUUCACAGU